AUGACCGUCCCACCCCGCAAGAUCCUCCUGGUCGUAACGACCGGAGGCUACACCCACGCCGCCCCCAUCCUCGAACUCGGCCGAAUCCUCUCCUCGCGAGGCCACACAAUCACCUUGGCAACCCUCAACGACCAAGACGACUGGCUCUCCUCCCACCCCUACAUCACAACCACCCACCUCCUCGGCCCCGGCCCCACCCCUGCCCAAUACAACGCGCACUACCUGCGCAUGCGCAACUGGGACAUGUCCCAAGGCCUCGCCGCCAGCAUGCCAUCCAAAUACCUCUUCGACUCCUUCUGGCCGCUUACCUACCACGGCCUGCACAGCAUCACUUCCUCCCCCGCCACGCGCCCCGACUUCAUCGUGGCCGAUUUCUUCGCCGUCGAUGCCGUCCGCGACAUCAAGAUCCAAUUCGGCAUUCCCAUCGCUGUAAUGUCGCCUACCAUGCCGGCGCUGAUGCUGCCGUGUAGCUAUAUCCCUGGCCAGCCGGGGUUUCAGAUCGAUGGGACGGUGACGUCCGAGGACGCGUCGCUGUGGUUGCGCAUUCGGAAUGAGAUGGUUGUUGUUUGGGCCCUGAGGGAGAUUCUGGGGCUGUGGCGAUGGACGAAGAGGAUGAGGAGGGGGGAGGGCGUGGCGUAUGAUUUGCCCGCGUUGAAGAAGCCGGAUUACAUUGUCUUGGUCAAUUCGUUCUAUGGGCUUGAGGUCGCGAGGGAUUUGCCGCCGCUGGCCGCGUUGGUGGGGCCGGUGUUGAGUGAGGAGUUGUCUGGGCUGGGGAAACGGGAGGAGGUGUUUUUGGAGGGCAGGAGGAAGGUUAUGUAUAUUGCGCUGGGGACGCAUGUUAUCAUCUCGAAUGGAGAUGCGGUGAUGAUCGUGCAGGCGUUGUUGAGGUUACUGGCGGAGGGGGUCUUGGAUGGGGUGAUCUGGGCGGUAGGGGAGAGUGGGCGGCAGGAUCUGGAUCUGGCGUAUAGGUUCGAUACUGAUGCAGGUGCGGGGAUCACGUUCGAUGAUCUUCUGAGUGGCAGACAUGGGGACUUUUUCUUCCCGUUCUUUGCGCCCCAACGAGCGAUCCUCGACCACGAGGCGGUUCAGAUCUAUUUCACGCAUGGCGGCGGGUCGAGUGCGAAUGAGGGACUGUAUCACGGGAAGCGCAUGCUCGUGAUGGGGAUCUUCUCGGACCAGAUUGCCAAUAUGGCGCGGUUGGUGCAUGCGGGUGUCGCGGAGUCGUUGGACAAAUUCCGGUUCUCGGCGGAGGAGGUGUAUGGGAAGGCCAAGAGGGUGGUUGAGGACCUCGAGGGCACGUAUGCCCGGAACUCGCUGCGGCUGCAGCGCAUUGCCUGCGUUGCGUCGCGGCGGAAGUAUUACGCUGCUGAUCUCAUUGAGGAGGUCAUGUAUGACGACGAGUUGAGGUUCGGGGAGGGGAGCGAGCCGAGGCCCAUGCAUCUGCAGACUGCGGAUGUAAGGAUGCCUGCGUACAAGGCCCGAAACUGGGAUUUGAUGGCGGUGGCCGCAAUGGCGCUCGCGGGGGGGCUGGGAGCAAUGGGUUUCUUCGGGAGGAUGUUGUGGAGGAAUAGGGGGGUGCCCACGCGGGCCAAGUAA